AUGAAUACAGAUACGAAAGAUGAAAAAAAUCAAGUCUUAAUUACAAAUCAAUGGCAAAUAUAUGUCAGUACAGCAUUUUCUACACAUGUAAUUUACUUGUUGUUCGAAGUUUGCAUUAGUUUAUUUCAGGAAUGGGAAGACAGAUCACUCACAUGGGAUCCUAAAGACUAUGAAGGCUUAUUCGAUAUUCGACUUCCCGUGAAAAGCAUCUGGACACCGGAUGUUGCUUUAUAUAACUAUGCCGAUACUCGGCUUGAAGAGAAACGAGAAGUAUUAGCUGUUGUUUAUUAUAAUGGCACUGUGUUUUGGAAACCAAUGUCUAUUUUUAAAAGCACGUGUCAAAUUGAUAUUAGACGAUUUCCUUACGAUCGUCAGAAUUGUUCAAUGAAGUUUGGUUCAUGGACAUAUGAUCUAUCAAAAGUGAAUUUAACAUUCUAUAAAGGUCUAGAAAAGUUCAAUUUAGACAAUUAUGUUAAAUCAAAUGAAUGGACAAUAAUUGGCAACCAUGCCGCACGAUAUGUUGACGGUUACUCAUGUUGUCCAGAAAAAUAUGUUGAUUUAAAAUUUUUUCUCCAUUUGGAACGACGCGGGGGAUUCUAUAAUUAUAUUUUGAUAUUACCAUGUGUACUCUUAUCGUGUUUAACGAUGAUUCUCUUUUGGCUUCCGCCUGAAAGUCCAUCCAAAUUGGUAUGA